GAACUCGAGGCGGUGAAAGCCAAGGCCAAGGAGCUGGAAGAUGCAAAGAAGGCCGUGAAGAAGCAGAAAGCCAAGAAGAAGGAGGAGAAGAAGCGGAGGAAGGAGGAGAACGAAAUCAAGGGGGGCCAGUUCCAGGUCGUCAAGAAGACGGAGAAGGUUCGAAAGUGGCACAAGAACGCCAGGAAGAUGCUCCGGACCAUGAGCGGCGAGCAGAUUGAGCGGCUUCUGACGACGAACCAGUACUGA